AUGGACAUGAUAGCGUAUAAAUUUGUUGUUAGUCAGAAACAAACGACUAUAACUCACCUUCCAGGUGAAAAUAAAUUUCUUUUUUACGAAAAUCUCUAUUUUUUUCAGAUGGAAUCAGUAUAGAACUUGAGAAAAUGCCAGUAAUUUUUUCUGCUGAGGAAUAUUGUUGCGAUUUCAAAGGAGCGUCGGGAGCUGUUUAUUCUUUGUAUCAUGUUUGUCGUUUUAUUCAUUUCACGGUGAGGUUUUUAUUUUAGAUCCGUGUGCCAAGCGCUUUAAAACACCAGAAAAAAGGACUUCGCCGGUUAUGGAGUCUCCCCGAGAAUUUACACGAGCCUAAGAAUGAUUUAUUAUUAACGGCUGUGUUUCCACAUUAUGUUCAUCAGCAACUGGCCAUGAGACAAGUAAAAAAACUUCACGAAAUUCUCUCAAAUAUUGCUUCGCAAGUGUCGAUUUUCUACCAGUAG